UUCACAUACAUUCAUUACUCAUCUUCUGUUUCUUCUCCAACCCAACAACCCAGACCCUGAUCUUAAACAGUUAAACUGGUUCAAGACUAGCAACUGGUUGGUGGCCGGCUCGAACCGUGGGCUCAAAUGAGGCCAUUUUGUUUAUUAGUGUUGGUUUUGGUGUUACAAGAAGCAAAUUGUUCUCAAAAGCAACAGAAGCUUUAUGAUUUCAAAACAAAGCUUCACCAGCAUUCAUCUCUCUCGUUUCAGAUUUCAUCUUCUUCCGAUCUUGUUAAGAGUUCGGGAAGGGUGUUUUACCCAAUCGGGUAUGGAGCAGACCCGAGUGGUGUGCAGGAUAGCACGGCGGCGGUUAUGGAUGCGGUGAGCGACGCUUGUGCGGUCGGAAACGGGCAGCAGUUGCUGCCCGGAGUCAACGAUUUGGGUGGCGCUAUUGUUGACCUUCAAGGUGGCAGCUUCAGGGUCUCUAAACCCAUUGUUAUUCCUCCGAAUUCCGGCAAUCUAGUGAUACAAGGUGGUACAUUGCGAGCAUCUAACACAUUUCCACCGGAUGGCUAUCUUAUCGAACUACACUCGCCAAGUUCCUUAAAAUCUUCUAAAACCACUGCCAACAAGUCAAACGACACACUCUCCGACAUGAAAACAAGAAACGAACCAAUAUACUACGAAGACAUCACCUUUCGCGACAUCCUUUUCGAUUCAAGUAACAUAGGCGGAGGCCUUAGAGUGGUUGACUCAGCCCGAACUCGAGUCAACAACUGUUUUUUCCUACAUUUUGUCACCGAGGGAAUUCUAGUCGAAAGAGGCCACGAAACGUUCAUAUCUAGUUGCUUCAUGGGCGAGAUCCCCACCAUCGGUGGUGACCAACACGAGCGGGAUUUCAUGGGGACCGCCAUUGAUCUCGCUAGCAAUGACAAUGCGGUCACAGAUGUGGUCAUCUUCUCAGCCGCCAUUGGGAUGGUGUUAAGGGGUCAGGCUAACAUGAUCACCGGGGUACAUUGCUACAACAAAGCUACAUUUUUCGGUGGGAUCGGGAUUUUAAUCAAAACAGGACAAAUCCGAAUCGAUAACUCUUAUAUGGACUACAACUCGAUAGUUAUCGAAGACCCUUCACAAGUUCACAUUACUAACGGGUUUUUUCUAGGAGGAGGUAACAUUGUUUUAAAGUCGGUUAAUGGUCGCAUAUCGGGCCUCAACAUUAUUAAUAACAUGUUCACUGGUGACUCGAGAAGUGUCGUGGAACUAGACGGGGAGUUCACAAGCAUUGAUCAAGUUGUUAUCGAUCAAAACAACGUGAAAGGCGGGAUGAGGAUGAAAUCUACGGUUGGGAAGUUGGCGGUGACCGGAAGCGGGACCGUGUGGAUGGCGGACUUCUCGCCGGUGUUGAUUUUUCCGGACAGAAUAAGUCAUGUUCAAUACUCGGUUUAUAAUAGUGCAUUGAGAAUAAAUGGGAUGGGAGGACAUGCGGUUACAAAUGUAAGUGGGAACAUUGUUGUGGUUGAAACAGAAAAACAAAUGAAUGGGACUGUUUGGUUUUUGGUUGAUCAGAAUCCAUGAUGUUUAGGGCUUUAUUUUUCUUUUAUUAUUUUUUAACCAAAUGUAUAAAUGAUUGUUAAGUUUUACAUUGUUUGUGGUUGUAACAAUGGAUUUUAUUGAAUGCAUGAUGUGUGGUUAACCUACAAUUUCUUUUAAA